CAGAGUGUCUGGAUGCGACCGGGAGGAGCCGCGCCGAAAGUGCGCGGAGGGGUGGUCCUGGGAGGGCGCUGUUUACACAACGCGUGUCCCCGCGCGAAACGCUCACACUGACAGGUGGGACCGCAGCGGAUAGGUGUGUGCGGAUCCGAGCUCCAUUCCGCCUGCAGAUGAUGCGGAGUGCGCGCGCAUCCCCCGGAGUCCCAUGAGCGGCAACAACACGCAGGAGGGAGGCCCUGGAGCACGAAGGGCCAUGGAGAGGUGGGGGCCCUGCCCCGUAGAGCACACUGGCAGACCUAGGCGUGAGGCUAGGCAGCGUCCAAACGCCAAGCCUGCCGGACAGGGGGUUGCAGCGCAGGAAGCUCCGCCCAUCAGGGUGAAAAAGGAGGAGCUGUCUGACGUGCCCUGCAAGGUGCCCCGGUUCCAGUAUGUGGACUUCCCCUCCUUGCACCAGUGCAUUCAGCAGCUGGCUGUGCCCCCACUGGACAGUUGGCUGGCGAAGUGUGGACCCAUUAGGCCUACCGGCCCGACUGCUGCAAACAGUGAGGGCCGAGAGCCAAAGUUCAAGUACGUCGAUUACCCGUCACUGCACCACUGCAUCCAGCAGCUGUCUGUGCCGCCCCUGGAGAGCUGGAGUGCCGGGCUGCUCCGUUCCGAGGCCCACAGUGCUGGGAACGCCCACAUACAGGCAGGAUCAGGGCGCCCUUUAACGCAUGGUGCUAUGAAGCAGGAGUGGGCCAAUGGUGCAGAAGCAGCUGCUGAAACACACAAACUAAGUGCAACUGCCAUUCUGCCUGCCGACCAUCCCACUGUGAACACAAGUGUAUCCAACACGAUCCCCUGUGAGCCCCCAGUCCUGUCUGGCUCAGAUGUCGGCCGGGCCCAGUUGGAGAUGGGAGGCAAAGGCGACCCCUCAGCCAUGGCUUUGGAUCCCAUACUGAGACCCAUUUGUUUGGCUGUCACCCAGCUCAGUGCAAACGAGGGAGGGUCGCCCGUCCCUGGUCUCCGUUCAGUUGUGGAACCUGACCAAACGCAGUUGGGGGGUCUAACCAAGCUCAGUGGUUCUCCUCGACGGGUGUUCUGGAGAACUGUUCCAGAGGCAGUGUGUCCAUUUUGCCAAAAGAUGUUUGCAGAUCCAGAUGAGCUCAAAGUCCAUCAGAGGAGUCAUCGGGACAAGAAGCCACACUGAAGUUACAAUGGCCCUCUGACCUGCCCUCACCCCCCUCCUGGAUGGAACUGUGCACACCUGCAGAAAUAUGUCAUACAUCUGCUCAGCUGCAGCUGUGGCCUGGGCACUGGUUGAGUGGACAGCUAGAUACUAGGCUACCCACUUGUUGAUGGGUGGAAAAAGGGAGAGACGCACACGCACACAUGGACGCACAGGGAGGGUGAGGAAAAACAGCAGUGAUGACAGACUGACUUGGUAGGAAGUUAUGUCCCUUUGGACACAGCAAUGAAGAGACAGAGUUUUAGAGAUGAGCAUGUUAGAUGAGAGACUGAGGCUUUUGGUAAACGCUCAUAUUCGGCGAUACACAGCUUCUCAUGUAGCCAUGGUGUGCUCCGUACACACCAGUGAGAAAGUCAUGGUUUCAGAGGACAGAUCUUUAGAGACGUUCUUGGUUAUGGUCCAACGAGGUCUAGUGACUAUUAUGAAAUAUCUUGCACCUUGUGGUACUAUCAAAAACUUCAGCUCAGGAGGUGACUGGCCCAUUUUAGAGUAAAAUAAUCUAUCUUUGGGUGCUUUUACUACCCUUGUGUAUGUUAUUAGCAAAACAUGC